GUUGAAAGGUCAGAAAUAAAAAGCCGCAAAAAUUGAAGAAGCAAGAAAAUGGCAUCAAUUCUCAGGUCAGUGGCAACGACCUCAGCCGUCGUAGCCGCUGCGUCUGCGAUUCCCAUCGCGAUCGCAUACUCUUCUUCUUCUUCUUCUUCCUCUACCAACCCCAAAUCUCAAUCUCUCAAUUUCUCCUUUCUCUCCCGAUCAUCUCCACGUCGCUUGGGACUUACACGAAGCUUCGCUAGCUCUCCGAUGACGACUGCUCUCACUUCUGAUCGUAAUCUCCAUCAGGAGGAUCGUGUCAUGCCUCAGCUCCUUACUGAGUUUAUGGUGGAUAUGAAAUGUGAGGGUUGUGUUAAUGCCGUGAAGAACAAAUUAGAAACCAUUGAAGGGAUUGAGAAAGUGGAGGUGGAUUUGUCCAACCAAGUAGUGAGGAUACUUGGAUCUUCCCCUGUUAAGGCUAUGACCCAAGCUUUGGAGCAAACCGGUCGAAAAGCUCGAUUAAUUGGACAAGGUGUUCCUCAAGAUUUCUUAGUCUCAGCUGCAGUAGCAGAAUUCAAAGGCCCUGACAUUUUCGGGGUGGUCCGAUUUGCUCAGGUCAGUAUGGAGCUUGCAAGAAUCGAAGCCAACUUCACCGGUUUGUCACCCGGAAUCCAUAGCUGGUGUAUUAACGAGUAUGGAGAUCUCACAAACGGAGCAGCCAGCACAGGGAACUUGUACAAUCCAUUUCAAGAUCAAACUGACACAGAGCCAUUGGGAGACCUGGGAACACUAGAGGCAGACAAAAACGGAGAGGCCUUUUACACGGGAAAGAAAGAGAAACUCAAGGUUGCGGAUCUUAUCGGGCGAGCCGUCGUGGUGUACAAGACCGAGGAUAAUAAGUCAGGCCCCGGAUUAACCGCUGCUGUGAUAGCUAGAAGCGCAGGAGUUGGAGAAAACUACAAAAAGCUUUGUUCUUGUGAUGGUACUGUCAUAUGGGAAGCAACAAACAGCGAUUUCGUGACCAGUAAGAUCUAUGUUACUUGUGGUGUAUGGAGAUCUUUUGCUAAUAAAGAGUGGAAAUUUAUUGUUGAUGAAGAAAAAUGUGCAAGAUUACUCACCUUGCAAUCUACAACAACUCUUGAAGACCUAUUGAUGAUGGUCUCUGAAGACUACAAAAUAGAACCGGCUACAGUUGAUGUGGAAUUCACUUAUUUACCUACAGAUCUCGGUGUUGAUUCUCCUCCUGUUCUUAUGACGAAUGACCGACAACUGAAAAAUUUUGUCGACUAUUAUAAAGGGAACAGUUUGAUACGGUUGUGUGUGACAUUUAAAGUUAAAGGCAAUAAUCAAAGGAAUAUAGUGGAUACCGAAUUGGAUGAGGAGCCAAGUGAUUCGAUUGAAAGAGAUGAUGAUCGUAACGUGCGUAAAAAAUCUGCAGUAUUGGUUGUUGAGGAUACGCCUAAUGUUGGUAGAGUUUGUGAUAAGGUUGAAUCUAUAUUGGCAGAUUCCAUUGUAAAGAAUGGGAAACAUUUCAGAAGCAAGGAAGCUUUACAGGCAACUCUAGAAAUAUGUGCGAUGAAGUAUAACUUCGACUACAGAGUUACUAAAUCUGAUCCGACAUUUUGGUGUAUUCGUUGUGUGGACAAAGUUUGCAAAUGGAGGCUUCGUGCAGAAUGUUUGAAGGGAUCUACAUAUUUUAAAAUCAAUAAGUAUGUUGCUAAACAUAAUUGUGCUCCUUCGAAGAAAAGCAAAGUCUCUAGAACCCCUUCAGCAAGAACAAUUGGAAAGCUCAUUAUGCAUAGAUACGAGGGUGUGAAGGAAGGGCCUAAACCCAAUGAUAUCAUUAAUAUUUUGCGUACAGAAUAUGGAUGUGAGCUAUCUUAUUCCCAAGCUUGGGAGUCUCGUGAGUAUGCAGUUAACGAAGUUAGAGGGAUACCUGAGAAAAGUUAUGGAAGGGGUUUGGUCGGUAUGGUUGCCAAAGCGUCAAAAGCGUAUAGGGUUGCUGAAUUUGAGCGUUUAUUCAAGCAAAUUAGCAACAUUAGUCCAGCGAUUGGAGUAUACCUACAAGAUGCAGGUGUGGAAAAAUGGGCUCGGUGUCAUUUUCCUGGAUACAGGUACGACAUUAGAACCACAAACCCUGCUGAGUCAAUAAAUUCAGCGUUGAGAUCGCCUAGAGAAUAUCCAAUAAUUCCUUUGUUAGACAGCAUUAGAGAAAUGUUGACACGAUGGUUUUAUGAGCGUAGAGCUUUAAGUGCAAAGCAGACAGACCCUUUAACUGUGGAAGUGGAGAAAAAGAUUGAUGGUAGGAUAGAAAAAGGCAAAACACUGAAAGUUUAUCCGGUUACUGAAUACAUAUUUCAGCUUAAAGGUGAGUCGUCUGACUACGUCGUUGACUUGGAAAGUAAAACAUGUUCAUGUGGAAAGUUUCAGUUAGGAAAAAUUCCGUGUCGUCAUGCCAUAAAAGCAGCUCUUGUGAUCGCUCAAUCAUGGACAACACGGCGGAUGAGCAAUCCUAGAUUCGACGCCGCCGCACCAACCAUUGUAGACAUCCCCGGAACACCUCCACACUCCUCCGCUUCUUCACCCCUCAAACCCUUCUUCCUCUCUUUCCCUACCGUAUCUCCAACAAUCCUCACGGCGGCGAUAAUCGCCGCCUGGUUUGGCUCAAACAUAGGAGUCCUCCUCUUAAACAAAUACCUUCUCUUCUACUACGGUUUCCGUUACCCAAUCUUCCUCACCAUGACACACAUGUUAUCCUGCGCCGCUUAUAGCUCCGCCGUAAUCAACAUCGCCGGAAUCGUGCCACGUCAGCACAUCUUAUCUCGCCGUCAGUUUCUAAAGAUCCUCUCUUUAUCAGCGAUCUUUUGUCUCUCCGUCGUCUGCGGCAACACUUCGCUACGUUAUAUCCCUGUUUCUUUUAAUCAAGCUAUUGGAGCCACCACGCCGUUCUUCACCGCCGUGUUCUCUUUUCUCAUUACUUGUAAAACAGAGUCCACUGAAGUUUACUUAGCUCUUCUUCCGGUUGUCUCCGGCAUCGUUCUUGCUUCUAACUCUGAACCUUCUUUUCAUCUUUUUGGUUUCCUCAUCUGUGUUGCUUCCACCGCCGGUAGAGCUCUCAAAUCCGUCGUCCAGGGGAUUAUUCUGACGUCGGAAUCGGAGAAGCUACAUUCGAUGAAUCUUUUGCUCUACAUGGCUCCAAUGGCGGCUUGUAUCUUACUACCAUUUACGUUAUACAUUGAAGGAAAUGUAUUAAGAGUUUUAAUCGAAAAGGCGAGGACGGAUCCAUUGAUCAUCUUCUUGCUAGCCGGGAAUGCGACAGUGGCAUAUUUAGUGAAUUUGACGAAUUUCUUGGUGACAAAGCAUACAAGUGCUCUCACAUUGCAAGUUUUGGGGAACGGAAAAGCUGCGGUGGCUGCCGGAGUUUCGGUUCUUAUAUUUAGGAAUCCGGUGACGGUGAUGGGAAUUGCCGGAUUCGGUGUGACGAUUAUGGGUGUGGUUCUCUAUAGCGAAGCUAGGAAGAGAUCCAAAUUGCUUAACCAGAAGUGAAAAGUGAGCGAAAGAAAGAUAAUUGGAUUUA